UGUAUCGCCAUCUAGCGUCGUGUAUAUAGUUUUCAUAGCAGUGGAAUUGAUUACCACGACUACGGAAAUAACGGAAGAAGUUUGAUUGAAAAUAAAAUUAAUCGUGUAAAGUUAAUAUUAACGUGUUCUACUUCAUACACAUUUACGUAUCAACGAACUUCGUAGUGAUACGUUCGAAGACGAGGGCUCGCUGCAGCCUGUGAGAAAGCAUCCCGAACCACCAGCAAACGCGUCGUCUCCGGAGCGUUACCGACAGGGGAGAGAAAUGGUAUCGAUCGUUGGCGCUUAUCAACAUGAAAGCAAUGAAAACCUCGACGAGUAUUUCAAAGCUGUGGGUGUACCAUAUAUUCCACGGAAAAUGAUGUGCAUGUCCAGUCCGCGACUAGAAAUAUCGAACAACUGCGAUAAAUGGACUAUUCGUACCAUUACGAUGAUUCGUACGGCAGAAGUGACCUUUACUCUUGGCGAAGAGUAUGAAGAACAUAUGCCGGCAGGAGUUAUACUGAAAAAUAUAACUACAAUGGAAGGAGAUAAUUUAGUGACAGUUUCAGUCGGUCCAGAUAACAACAAAGUAGUGCGGAAGUACGAAAUUACAAAGGAUGGUGUAGUCUUGAUAAUGACCCAUGAAAAGAGUGGCCAAGUAGGAAAGCGCUAUUUUAAGCGCCUUUCGUAAAGCUUAGUUACUGUUUGAACUACAAAAUAUUUAUAUACUUGGAUUCCAUAUAAAUUACGUUAGCUAUUAACAAUUAAGUUUUCAAUCGCUUUGUGCGCUUUAUACGUAUAUUGUACCUAACAGUAACUCGUUGAUAACACAAUCUGAAAGCAAGCACACUUCAGAUGGUAAAAAAUCUAUCGUACAAAAACGGAAGCCGCACGGAAAAUGCGUGCAGUUACGAGAAAGCAAAAUUCGCCGGAUCAAUCGUAAAUGUUCCGUCAUUUCAGCAUGCGCCCUGCCUACCUUUAUUGCGUGUCACGUGCUGCACAAUAUACAAAAACAGGGAUAAAUAAAAAUUAUCUUAUAAUAAAUAAUUAAAAUCUGACGCGUAAAGGAAUUUUAUUUGUAUUAUAUGUAUUUAAAGGAUUAAACGUAUUAUAUGAAUGACAUGAAAAUGUGACGCGUACUUUCUUUUAUAUAAAUCUUUUCUUAUAAAAAUCUUUUAUUUAAUAUACUAUAUGCGUUUCGUGUAAUAUUAGUAACUUACAAAUGUACUUUUCCGGUAAAUGCUUUGUAUAAUUUCGAUGUAUCUAUAUUUUCGAACUUGUUUCAAAGUUUAGUAAUAUACAUAAUUAUGAUAA